AUGUCUGGGGAAGUUGCGUCAUCACGCUCACUCGCCCGCCCUUUCCCCAUGCACUUAUAUAUCUGGAUUCUUAGAGCGGACUCAGAGCUCCACGGUGCUCUGCGCGCUUAGCACACGUGCGCCGGCUCUGCUCCCUCUUCCUCCCCUGACACUCGCCUCGGAGGAGUCAGGCAGUUCCAGAUGGCCGCUGCCGCCGCCGCCGCCGCCGCCGAGGCUCCGCGUCUGCAGGAACAGUCGGAGAUGGAAGAUGGUGAUAAUUCUGGGAAGAGUGUACACGAAGAAAAUGGAGAAGUAUCAGAAGACCAAUCUCAAAAUAAGCACAGUCGUCACAAGAAAAAGAAGCAUAAACACAGAAGUAAACAUAAGAAACAUAAACAUUCCUUAGAAGAAGACAAGGAUAAAAAACAUAAACAUAAGCAUAAACAUAAGAAACACAAAAGAAAAGAAGUUAUAGAUGCUUCUGACAAAGAAGGUUUGUCUCCAGCAAAAAGAACUAAACUUGAUGAUUUAGCGUUGCUGGAAGACUUGGAAAAACAGAGAGCCUUGAUUAAAGCUGAACUUGAUAAUGAGUUAAUGGAAGGAAAGGUCCAGUCAGGGAUGGGGCUCAUAUUACAAGGUUAUGAAUCUGGCUCUGAAGAAGAGGGGGAAAUUCAUGAAAAGGCAAGAAAUGGAAAUAGGUCUAGUACUAGAUCUUCCACUACCAAGGGGAAACUUGAACUUAUGGACAAUAAAAAUAGUACAAAAAAGCGAAGUAAAAGCAGAUCCAAAGAACGGACUAGACAUAGGUCUGAUAAAAAGAAAAGUAAGGGAGGUGUUGAAAUAGUUAAAGAGAAGACAACUAGGAGCAAAUCAAAGGAGAGGAAAAAGUCUAAAAGUCCAUCCAAAAGAAGUAAGUCUCAAGAUCAAGCAAGAAAAUCAAAAUCUCCUACCCUUAGAAGGCGAUCUCAAGAGAAAAUUGGGAAGGCCAGAUCUCCUACUGAUGACAAGGUUAAGAUUGAAGAUAAAAGUAAGUCAAAAGAUAGAAAAAAAUCCCCAGUUAUAAAUGAAAGAAGUCGUGAUCGAGGCAAAAAAUCCAGAUCGCCAGUUGACUUAAGAGGUAAAUCCAAAGACAGAAGGUCACGGUCCAAAGAGAGAAAGUCAAAACGGUCUGAAACUGAUAAAGAAAAGAAGCCAAUUAAAUCUCCCUCUAAAGAUGCUUCUUCUGGGAAAGAAAAUAGGUCACCCAGUAGAAGACCUGGUCGUAGUCCUAAAAGAAGAAGUUUGUCUCCAAAACAACGUGAUAAAUCCAGAAGAAGUAGAUCUCCACUUUUAAAUGAUAGAAGGUCUAAGCAGAGCAAGUCACCUUCUCGAACUCUGUCUCCCGGUAGAAGAGCUAAGAGCCGAUCCUUGGAAAGAAAGCGAAGAGAACCAGAAAGGAGACGACUUUCUUCCCCAAGGUAACUUGUUUUCAAAAUGUUAGUGCUUUUUACCA